AUGAGUCGCAAUUUCUUCCCCGUCAUUAUGGCAAUUGGAGUCGGUGUAUUUACUGGAUACUACACCUUCCAACCAACCUUUCAACAGCUUGCAGCUGAGAAGAGCCCUGGUGUCCAGUCCUCCAACCCUGCCGGCGCAUCUGAUAAGCCUACUGGGGCUCUCAAUGCUGGAGCUCUGACAACCAAGCCCGAGGCCGAUAAGAGUCAAUAA